GAAUAGAGAAUGUUUUUAUCUCUAAAAUGAUAUUAUCUUCUUAGAUUUUGAUAUAUAGCUGGCAAGAACUUUUUCUUUGAUAUCUUUCUAUCAUUAACAGAAGCAAAGAAACAAGGAAACCCCAUACUUUUCGAUUCCCAAAAAGAUACUCAACUGAAUUUGUGAAGGUUGAAGCUCAACUUUAGCAUUCAAUUCAACCCAAAUCUUACCCAGUUCCAAGUAUAACCAUUUUCCUUUAACUUACAUACCCUUGUUCAAUCCAUUUGUGUCUUUGAAGCCCUUAAAGACAGCGACUUUUGAUUCAUAUCCUUCAAAUCCCAAUACCCUUCUGUCCAGCAAGUAUAAAGUUUGUGCCUUGUUACUCUGUUCACCUCGUGUUCGUUUAUUCGAUUACUCGUUUCUUUGGGGACAUAGAAGAUGCAACUUGACCUGGAAUCAUUGUCAGAAGCUACUUCUGGUGCCAUUGGAUCCCUUGUUAGUACCACCGUCUUAUACCCACUCGAUACUUGCAAAACCAAAUAUCAAGCUGAAGUUCAAGCUCAACAUCAGCGAAAAUACAGGAGAAUUUCUGAUGUUUUAUGGGAAGCAAUUUCUACCCGUCAGGUGCUUUCAUUGUACCAAGGCCUUGGGACUAAAAACGUCCAGUCCUUCAUUUCGUCAUUUAUUUAUUUCUAUGGAUACAGCUACUUUAGAAAGUUAUAUUUGAAAAGAACUGGAAACAAGACCAUUGGAACAACAGCAAACUUGAUUGUUGCUACCGCUGCCGGUGUCUGUACAAUAGUAAUAACACAGCCCUUAGAUACCGCAUCCUCAAGGAUGCAGACAAGUGAAUUUGGAAAAUCCAAGGGACUGUGGAAGACCCUUUCAGAAGGUACAUGGAGUGAAGCAUUUGAUGGUCUUGGCAUAUCCAUCCUUUUAACAUCAAACCCAUCUAUUCAGUAUACUGCAUACGAUCAGCUGAAACAGAGGCUACUAAAGGACAAGACAAGCAAGAGAAUAGAUACAAAGUCAUCCCCGGAAGCACUUUCUGCAUUUUCUGCUUUCAUGCUUGGUGCAGUUUCAAAAUGUGCUGCUACCUGCUUGACAUACCCAGCUAUCAGAUGUAAGGUCAUGAUUCAGGCUGCUGAUUCAGAUGACAAUAAGAGUACAGAAGCUGAGAGGAAGGCACAGAGGACAAUCUCUGGAGCACUCUAUACUAUUUGGAGAAAAGAAGGUAUGUUGGGAUUUUUCAAAGGACUGCAGGCGCAGAUAUUGAAAACUGUUCUCAGUUCUGCAUUACUUCUGAUGGUAAAGGAGAAGAUUGCAAAGUCCACAUGGAUUCUAAUGCUCAUGAUUGGAAGAUACCUGUCUGUGAAUUCCCCCAUAUUGAAGGCAGUUUGAAUUUGUGAUGAGUAUAUUCUUAAAAAAUUAUUCAUCCAAGAAUAUGAAAAAAUUGACUUUGUCUGCUAAGGAGGAAAAUAAUGGCAGAUGCAAGAAGCUAAGUGUUGCGGGCAGUUUAGAUUGUGUUUUUGAAGAAGGAAUGUGAAAAAUGAAAAUUCAGAUCAAUGAGUCUGUCUCAUCUAAUAUGCUUUUACCUUGGCAAGGACCUUGGCCUUGAAGUAGACUUGUUAAUGUACUGGCCUGUCUCCAAUUGGCUUGUUAUUUGUAUCAUUUGGCAAAUGCCAAGCUUCCAAGCUAAAAAAUGAUAGAUAUUAUUUAUAAUAAUGGCAACAAUAAGAUAACAACCCUCUGGGAACAAUGCUUUCUUUCUCCUAUUUGUCUCUAACAUUCUAUAGUUACAAUACUGAAACAACAAUUACACAAGGAUCUCUCAAUUUU